CCAGUUCAGGUAAAACCAGGAUCUGCUUUCAGAUAAAAAUGUGUUUUGAGACGAGACUUAAAAGAAGACAACCCAGUAAACAUUAGUAUAAAGUUAUUUAAGGGUAAUAUUUCUAAAAUCCUGGACACGACCUCGGUGUCCUCAUUUUUAGCCCUUAAUUUAAAAACAAAUUCCCAGGUUCAGUCACAUUUCCCAGCUGGCUCGGUCCGUGACUGCACGGAGCGGCCAUAUUUCCGACGGCCCCUGAAGGCGGCAGGAGUCCUCCCAGUCAGAGCUGGCUGAACGUGACGUGCAGACUCGGAGCAGAGCGAGGUUUCCUGGCGGAGCUGCGGAGGGAGCAGGAGCCGAGCGGGUCUGUCUGUCUGCGUGUCCGUCCGUGUGUCUGUCUACCGCCGCCGCAGUCUCUGUCUGUCUGGGUCACACACACACACACACACACACACACACAAAAAAGCCUCCUCUUUUCGGCUUCCACGGUCUGGACACGGCAUCGGCGGCUAUGGAUCCAUCGCUGUCCUCCUCCUGUUUUCACCACUGAGGGACGUUAACGUUACUCCGUCGGAUGCUCCAGUGCCCAUAGAGGAGGAGGAGGAGGAGGUGGAGGAGGUGGUGGAGGAGGAGGGGGGGCAGGCAGCCCUAUCAUUCUUCGACUACCAGGCUGACUCAACGCUGGAGCGCCUGAACACAGAAGAAGAAGAAGAAGAAGAAGAAGAAGUUUGAAGAGAACGAGGGAGUGAGGAAAACCGAAACAGAGAGCAAGAAGGAGGGAGGGAGAGAAAGAGGGGAGGGAGACUAGGAGGGGAGAGAGACAGAAGACCGCAAGAGAAAGUCAGGUUGGGUCGGCGGGGCGAGAGGAGGUAAGAGAAAGUGAAAGAAAGAUAUUAGACAUUAUAGACUCAUACGGCCCAGUGGGGAACAAGUUGACAGAUCUGAGGUCAGGCGAGAGAGGGCGCAGGUAGUUUGGAGGUUGGAGGUCGAGCGGUCAGACGGGAGGCUGACUGAGCUUCAGCCGCACAAACUGUCCCGCCACCCCCACCAACAACUGUCCUACACCGUCACCACACUGGGAGAACUGGUGACGAGGAGAAGCCACCAUGAGCGACCAGAACGUCGUCAAGGAAGGCUGGGUCCAGAAAAGAGGUGAGUACAUCAAGAACUGGCGACCGCGCUACUUUCUGCUGAAGACAGACGGCUCUUUCAUCGGCUACAAGGACAAACCACAGGACUCUGACCUGGCCUACCCGCUCAACAACUUCUCUGUAGCAAAAUGUCAGCUGAUGAAGACCGAGCGGCCCAAGCCAAACACCUUCAUCAUCCGCUGUCUGCAGUGGACCACCGUCAUCGAGAGGACUUUUCACGUCGACACUCCUGAUGAGAGGGACGAGUGGGCAGAGGCCAUCCAGAUGGUAGCCGAGUCUCUGGCCAAACAGGAGGAGGAGGGCAUCCUGUGCAGCCCCACCUCCCAGAUCGAGAACGUCAACGAGGAGGAGAUGGACACCUCCAUCAGCCACUACAAACGAAAGACAAUGAAUGACUUUGAUUAUCUGAAGCUUCUGGGCAAAGGCACUUUUGGGAAAGUCAUUCUGGUGAGGGAGAAGGCGAGUGGCACCUACUACGCCAUGAAGAUCCUGAAGAAGGAAGUCAUCAUAGCCAAGGAUGAAGUUGCUCACACACUCACAGAAAGUAGGGUAUUAAAAAACACUCGGCAUCCAUUCCUAACUUCUCUGAAGUACUCGUUCCAGACUAAAGAUCGGCUGUGCUUUGUAAUGGAGUACGUCAACGGAGGAGAGCUGUUUUUCCAUUUGUCGAGAGAAAGAGUUUUUUCGGAGGACCGCACCCGUUUCUACGGCGCCGAGAUCGUCUCUGCUCUAGACUACCUACAUUCUGCCAAGAUCGUCUAUCGUGAUCUAAAGCUGGAGAACCUCAUGUUGGACAAAGACGGCCACAUCAAGAUCACCGACUUUGGCCUCUGCAAAGAAGGCAUCACCGACACUGCCACCAUGAAGACCUUCUGCGGAACACCAGAGUACCUCGCUCCUGAGGUGCUGGAGGACAAUGACUAUGGACGGGCGGUGGACUGGUGGGGUUUGGGCGUGGUGACGUACGAGAUGAUGUGCGGCCGCCUGCCGUUCUACAACCAGGACCACGAGAAGCUGUUCGAGCUCAUCCUCAUGGAGGAGAUCAAGUUCCCACGAACCCUGUCGGCCGACGCCAAGUCGCUGCUGUCGGGGCUGCUCAUCAAGGACCCCAACAAACGGCUGGGCGGCGGACCGGAUGACGCUAAGGAGAUCAUGCGACACAGUUUCUUUGGCACAGUCGACUGGCAGGACGUCUACGACAAGAAGCUGGUCCCACCUUUCCAGCCCCAGGUCAGCUCAGAGACGGACACGCGCUACUUCGACGAGGAGUUUACAGCACAGACCAUCACCAUCACUCCGCCAGAGAAAUACGACGAGGACGGGAUGGACGCGGCGGACAACGAGCGAAGGCCUCAUUUCCCACAGUUCUCCUACUCAGCCAGCGGGCGGGAGUGAGCGCUCCGGCCCAGCCAGCCAGUAUCGUCCCCAUUCGUGGCCAUUUUGAGGAAAACACGUAGCCAUUUUAGGGAAAAAACCAGUCUCCCCUCUUUUUCUCCUUCUCUGCCUCCUCACAGACGGGGAGAAGUCUUUUUAGGGACUUUAAAAGAGGUUUUUGCACAGUGGGAUAGACUCCAGCCGGUCUCCCCACACUAAAAAAAUAAGUCUCCUACAUUUUCAGCGCUAUUUACUGCAGAAGGCAAUGUUUUUGUUAUUUAUUUUUUACUCUCCAUCAGUAUUAAGUUGUCGACCUGGGUUGCGUUAAUCUUUUUUUUUUUGUUUGUUGUUUCUGCCCCUUUUUCUUCUCCUCCUUCUUCUUCUUUUGACUUUUUGCACUUGGUUUGGAAGAGCCGUUUUAGGGAACAAAAAACCAAAAAUGUUGCCUUACGUGUGCAGAUGUUUCGUAUCAUACCGACAGGGUGAUCUUCUGGGAGAGGGCGGGCGGGUUUUCGGGGGUUGUGAAGGGUCAUUCUUAGUUGAGAAUAAGUGCAUGGCUCGUGGUUCACUCAAAAAAAAAAAAAAAAAAAAAAUAUAUACAAAAAAAAUAUUUUUCUUUCUCAUACAUGCCAUGGCAGCGCACAUUCCCCAAUCCCAUGGCGAUGAAAAUCACUGUCUACAGGUCAGUUAAAAAAAGAAAAUCAAACAAAAAAAACAAACAAAAGAAAGACGAGAACGGACGAGUCUGUUUUAAUUCCUUUCAUCGUUGCGGUGUUACUACUUUGCUCGUAUUUUUUUCUACCCAUGUGUGUUGUUUUUUUUUUUCCUCGCGCUCCACUUCUAAGUUGUUCUUUUACUUUGAAACAGGAAACACUAAACUGCCAGAAACUGCACAGUUCACUCAGGCGCCACAGAGCACAACCGCGUUCAAACUCAGCUAACCGCUCCAGCUUUCCACAGCCGGCAGGGGAACGAGGCCUUUCUCUGCUUUCUCACCGCUUCUCCUCCUCCUCUUCCUCUUCACCUCCUCUCUUCUGUUUCCUCAUCGUAGCUGUAGGACUAGUGGAAUGGGUGUUUACACAGGGAAAUGUGGCUUAAUGUAUGUAUGUACUGUAUGUAUGUACUGUAUGUAUGUGGGACAUGUGGGAUCAACCAUAUGCUGUCAUAGCACACAAACACACACACAUAUAUAUAUAUAUAUUUACACUCAGAAACAGGAAACAGCUGUGAGCUCUGCGUACUGAUCAGACUGAAGUCGGCAGUUCACUCCAAACUAAAUCAAAUUUGGUGUUUUCUCAAAUUCACAGAAUACUGCAACUCCAGGUGUGUUUAACAGGAACAGCUGAUGCCAGGUGGAGUCCACACAGAGGCCGUUUCCUGUGUAUAUUUAGUCUAAUCAGGCCGGUUAGCGUCCUGUUGCAAAGCAUUGCUGCAUUUUGGAUGAAAAUAAGUUUAUGCCUUAUGGAUUUGAGUACGUUUUCCACAGGUAUGCUUCGGUUUCGGUUUGGUAGUGAACCUCCUAGACCAAACUACAAUCCCCGGCAGCAAUACAUCCAGCAUGGACGUACCAGCUUCAUGUACAACUAUUGGUACAACCACAGCUGAUGUAUUAGCACAAGCUUAGUGAGUCCCGGCCUCUAGUGGUCCGAGAGGUGCACAACACUUCACGAAGGAGAAGACUCGAAAACCUGAAAAACACUCGAUUCAUUCAGAGGAACUGACUACUGAACACUAUGAACUCACUGCGUAGAUCGAAGCUAAAUGCGAACCGGCCUUUUCACCUGUGAAAACACGUCAAAUUUCAUUAGUUUCUGGAGACGACUGCCGACUUCAUCUGUUCCGCAGAAAUCAGCUCGCACUCGUCGGGGUUCCUGCACACAUCUGGAAAGGUUCGGAGGAAGAAUUCGGUGAUUUCCAGGUCUUAAAAGCUAUUUGCAAUUGCUACAGAUUUUGGAAAAUAGUUUUCUGAUGCCCUGUCAUCUCAUACUCUUGAAGUUCACGUGUAAAAGUGAUGAAAUAGGUCAGAGACGUAUAAAAACAUAUCGAAGAGCGAGUAAAGACGCGCAGUCUAGUAACAUCUUGGGUAAGGUUUGGAUCUUUGUGCACCUGUGUGGGAACCCUGACAGCAUACACGAGACUUUCAUUCAUAUUUAUAUAUAUAUACACACACACACGCAAACACACAGAUAUACAAAGACUGUUUUUAGACGAUAAAUCAGAGUGAAGAAGAUAUAAUUUAUCACACGGACACUAACAGAAACGAGGCUUCCAGCUCCAGAUGCAGGGGUUCUGUCCCUGUAUAUCCUGUCAGUAUUGUGAGAAAAAAAAAAAAAGUAUUUAUACAUACAUGUUUUUAAAUCUGAACUGAGGGUAUCAAUAAAUCACUAAUCAUGUCACAGAUCACGAGAAAACUGAGCCGUGAGACACUCAUGUAUGAAGACUGUGAGGACUGCCAGAAAAAAGUUGAGUCGCCCCAAACUUCUUGAUGUAAAUAUGCAAUGCAAUUAUUUUUUUUUUUUUGGUUUUUUGUUUUGUUUGUUUUUUGGGUCUUUAGUGGCAUCUUGACAGACGAGACGUGAACUUUUUUUUCCCCCUGCGUGACUGUACUUCAAGCUUGCUGAUGAGAAAAAUGACCGGAAAAAUACGACGACGACCGCAAAACGACUCAAAAACUGCAUUUAAGAAAAAAAGUUAAAUAAGAAGGCGAGAAGUAAAGACGGUAUCAAAGACCGGACCCUUCCAUUGAUGGUUUUAUUCCUUUCCGGGUUGAUACACAGACUCGACUUGUUAUCGUCCAUGGAGGAUGUUUCCAUGGAGACAAACCCCGCCCCCCUCCUUCCUUUUGUCGCCAUGGCCCCCUGAAAACGAUCGACUCCCGAAUUUCUGAGAGGACGUGACUAACUGUGGAGUCUGCACUGUCAUUUCUGUUUCCCUUCACGACCUUUAAAAAAACUAAAAAAAUACAAAAAGUGGGACCGUGGCUGACAUUUAAACUUUUUUUUUUUUUUUUUGCAGUGCUGGUUUCAUCAGGUUGUUCCAAUCCCAUCAUCCCUUGCUUCUCCUUCUCCCCCUUUUUUUUGUACCAUAGUAUUUGUUUUAUUUAUGUUUGUCAUUCUAGGCAGUGUUACCUUGUAUGUUGUUAAAAAAGGCACCUCGUGAAAGUCGCUGAAGGAUGAUGAUGAUGAUGAUGAUGAUGAUGAUGAUGGAUGCAUUAACUGAAGUCUCUUUUUAUUCUCUUUUUUUUUUUGGGAUCGUUUGCUUGUUUGUUUUCUUACCAAAACAUUAGGGCAAGAACCCAGUAGUGGACUUGCAUUGCCGUGGUAGUAUUUAUUUUGAAUUAAAUUAAAAGAAAUACAUUUCAGGG